UACAACUUUGCCAUUCAACUUCAGUGAGCGGUCAGAAUAAGACUGCUGUGUCCUCGCAUGUACAAAGUACCUGGUUCGGCACUGGAUUUUUAUUUCGCAAAUAUUACAUUAUUGGAUAAUAACUUGUAUUUCAACCAGUUUUGAGUACAGCUGACCACAUGAACUAAAUUUGAUACAGGUGUUUCUUAUUUACCAAAACAAUCAUGAAUUCGGAUAGUCCUGCUAUAUAUGUGAGAAAUGCUGACAAAAGCUAUGUACAGGAUACCAAAGUGUUAGAUGAUUUCUCCAUAACAGUGCCCACAGGAUCUAUAUAUGGCCUGCUGGGAGCUAGUGGUUGUGGAAAAACUACCCUCUUAAGUUGCAUCGUAGGGAGAAACCACCUAGAUUCUGGUGAGAUUUGCAUUUUGGGUGGCCAGCCUGGAACAAUUGGUAGUGGUAUACCAGGACCAGGGGUAGGAUACAUGCCACAGGAGACUGCCUUGUUUUCUGAGUUCACAGCCAAAGAGACAAUUUACUUUUUUGGUAGAUUGAUGGAACUACCAGAUUCAGUUAUUAAAAAAAGGUUCAAAGAAAUUGAGAAGCUGCUCGAGCUACCUCCAAGCAAUAGAUUAGUAAAAGAUUGUAGUGGUGGUCAACAGAGAAGAAUAUCUUUUGCUGCUGUUCUAAUACAUAAACCAAAGUUGCUGAUUUUAGAUGAACCCACAGCAGGUGUUGACCCACUGUUAAGAGAUAGGAUAUGGACUUAUUUGAAAGAUCUCACAAUAAAAGAGCAGACAACCGUUGUUAUUACCACACAUUACAUCGAAGAAAGUAGAAGAUCAGAUUAUAUUGGUUUGAUGAGAGGUGGAAGGCUGUUAGCAGAAGCACCUCCAGAUACUUUGCUUAGGAUGUUCAGGACCGAAACUCUGGAAGAUGUGUUCUUAGAUCUAUGUUUGAAACAGGACAAAAUGUCGAACUCCAGCAGUUCAACUGUCAGCUUGAAUAAUUUCAGUAACACCAACCCUGGUAUCAUAGACUCCCAAGAGAUAUUCCCUCUGAUGGCGACUCCAAAACCCAAUAUAGAUGAGAAAGGUUUACAGAAACAUAGUGCACUGGGAAUGAACAGAAGUAGAUUCAAAGCACUAUUAGACAAAAAUUGGAAGGAGCUCUAUCGGAAUGUCAGUGGUUGGAUUUUCCUUCUCUUCGUCCUUCCUAUUGUGUGCAGUAUGACCUUCAUUUUUGUGAUAGGAUCGGAUAUGCAGAAUUUACAUUUUGCUAUUGUGAAUGAAGAUUCAUCAUGCCAAAACGUUUCUUUAGAAAAUUCUAUAAUGCCAGUUAAAUAUGGAAGAUGUCAUAUGGAAAAUAUGGGUUGUAUGUUCUCGAAAUUCAUAGAAAAGGAGCCUCUUUUCGACAUCGAAGAGGUAGAUUCCCUUUCUGAAGCCUUGGAAGGGAUCCGCACUGCCAAAUAUACAGGGGUAAUCCAUAUACCAAAUAAUUAUUCUUAUGCCCUUGAAGAGAGAAUUCAUUCUGGUCAAAGAACAGCAGGAGAAGUGUUGAAUCUUAGCACAAUCAAUAUUUACAUGGAUAUGUCUGAUUACGUAAUUGCAAUAUCUGUACAGAACGAACUUCUAAAAUUGUUCCGGUCCCACAUGUCCAAACUUUUGCACCACUGCAACUAUGCAGAUUUCAUCAACAAAAUAAUCUCCUUCAACAUAGUCUACGGCAAUAAAGAAGCAGAAGUCACCGAAACUAUGAUACCAGGUUUCUUCAUCAGCAUGGUAUCCUACAUGUCAACCAUGCUAACAUGUGAAAUCCUCAUCUCAGAGAGGCUGAGUGGAGUCUGGGACAGAUCAGCUGUAGCCGGGGUAACAGUUCUUGAGGUACUGUCCACUCAUUUUAUCCUACAGUUUGCUGUCAUGGUGGUUCAGAUGAUAGAGGUUUUGGUGGUCAUUUUUGUGAUCUAUGGGGCGGAAAUACAAGGAAGCAUCUGGUUGUUGAGCCUCUUUGGAUUGUUGCAAGGGGUUUACGGUAUAGUUUACGGUUUUCUAGUCUCCAUAAUAGCCAAAGACAAGUAUUUCAACGCUAAUAUAUGUAUUGCUGGAGGAUUUUAUCCAGUCAUCUUGAUUUCUGGUACGUUAUGGCCAAUCGAAUCACAACCAAAGGUACUACAGUGGAUAUCGCAGUUUACUCCAUUUACAAUCCCAACUCAAUCCUUCAGGCACGUACUCACGAGGGGUUGGGACUUGACCUACUUUGAGGUGGUUAAGGGAUACGGAGUUGAAGUCAUUUGGAUAGCUAUUUUGGCGAUAUUGUCGAUUUAUUUUUUGAAGAAGUCUCAAUAAAAGUUGUUUUUA